AUGUUUCGAUCUUUUUCCCUCAAACGCUCUCUCCAAACGCACCUCAAAACUCUCGCCCAUUGUCCCCAACGACCGCCGCCGCCGUUUUCGCCCCCUUUCUCCCCGAUCCGCACUCUCUCAACCACCCCUUCAUCCUCCUCCGAAUCCGAGCUGCGCAAGUACCUUGGCUACACUGCCCUCCUCGUCUUCUGCGGCGCCGCCACUUACUACUCCUUCCCGUUCCCGGGGAACGCCAAGCACAAGAAGGCCCAGCUCUUCCGUUACGCGCCGCUGCCCGAGGACCUCCAUACGGUGUCCAACUGGAGUGGGACACACGAGGUGCAAACCAGGCAUUUCCACCAGCCCGAGAAUCUGAAGCAGCUGGAGGAGCUGGUUAAGGAGUCGAACGAGAAGCCGGCUAAGCUCCGGCCCGUCGGGUCUGGGUUGUCCCCGAAUGGGAUUGGGUUGGCCCGUGGAGGGAUGGUGAAUUUGGCGUUGAUGGAUAAGGUGUUGGAGGUGGAUAAGGAGAAUAAGAGGGUGAGGGUUCAAGCGGGGAUAAGAGUGCAGCAAUUGGUAGAUGAGAUUAAGGAUUAUGGACUAACUCUUCAGAACUUUGCUUCCAUUAGAGAGCAGCAGAUUGGUGGCAUUCUUCAGGUAGGUGCUCAUGGUACUGGCGCAAAAUUGCCUCCCAUUGACGAACAGAUCGUUAGCAUGAAACUUGUUACUCCUGCCAAGGGAACAAUAGAGCUUUCGAAAGAGAAAGACCCGGAGUUAUUUUAUUUAGCUCGCUGUGGUCUUGGGGGGCUUGGGGUGGUUGCUGAAGUGAUCAUUCAAUGUGUUGAAAGACAAGAGCUUGUGGAGCACACAACUGUCUCAAACUUGAAAGACCUCAAGAAAAACCACAAGAAGAUGUUAUCUGAGAAUAAGCAUAUCAAGUACUUGUACAUUCCAUAUACCGACACCGUUGUAGUUGUGACAUGCAACCCUGUUUCAAGACUGAGAGGUCCACCCAAAUUCAAACCCAAAUAUUCUGAGGAUGAGGCUAUGCAAGAUAUCCGUGAGCUUUACAAAGAAUCUAUAAAUAAAUACAGGGCCAGAGAAAUUACACCACCUGACAGCAAUGAACCAGACAUAAAUGAGUUCUCAUUCACGGAGUUAAGAGAUAAACUGCUUAGUCUUGAUCCUCUCAACAAAGAUCAUGUCAUGAAGGUUAAUCAUGCUGAAGCUGAAUUCUGGAGGAAGUCCGAGGGAUAUCGAGUUGGAUGGAGUGAUGAAAUAUUGGGUUUUGAUUGUGGAGGACAACAGUGGGUGUCGGAAACCUGUUUUCCUGCAGGAACUCUGUCCAAGCCUAGCAUGAAGGACCUCGAGUACAUUGAAGAGCUAAAGAAACUCAUUGAGACAAAUGAGAUACCCGCGCCUGCUCCUAUAGAGCAGCGAUGGACAGCUCACAGCCUGAGCCCAAUGAGUCCUGCUUCGAGCUCGGCAGAAGAUGACAUAUUCUCAUGGGUUGGUAUAAUCAUGUACCUUCCUACAAUGGAUGCUCGUCAGAGAAAGGACAUAACCGAAGAAUUCUUCCACUACAGGCAUCUUACACAAUCACAGUUGUGGGACAAAUAUUCUGCCUAUGAACAUUGGGCCAAGAUUGAGGUUCCAAAGGACAAGGAAGAACUCGGAACUCUGCAAGCGAGACUCAAAAACCGUUUCCCAGUUGAUGCUUAUAACAAAGCACGGAAAGAAUUGGAUCCCAACAGAAUUCUCUCCAAUAACGUGCUCGAAAAGUUGUUCCCGUUGUCCGACUCCGUCUGAAAAGCAUACCCUAUUGUUGGUCAGUUCUUUAUUCAUUUAAAACCUUAAGAAUCAAAAUUUCAUGCUGGCUGUUCUUUUGGCCAAUGAAACAUCUUUAACAGUUUGUACACUACAUUGGAAGGAUAUGUGGACAUUGGUGUGUAAUUUUAGAAUUUCUUUUACGUAUAAUAAGUGGUUCCAAGUGUUGGUAUUUA